AUGACUUUCAAAAAGGUGUCCCGCCAAAGCGAAGGCAUAAAAGGGGCAAGCUGCAGAGCAGAGGCAGUCAGUGCGCACCAUGUUCUCCGCCAGGCUGUUGGUGCUUCUGCUGGUGAGCGCGGCGUUUGCCAGGCGACCUGAGUCAAGCAAGCCGCCAAGGGCAGCCGCUGUUUCCGACGCGUCGGCCACCAGGGUACACAACUCGUUCGAUCCUGCUCCGUACAGUGCCCUCUUCCAGCCCGAAAACCUCGACCUGACCGGAUUCUUCGGGCCGCAAUUCGUUCCAAAACAGCAGAACCACGGUGUGGACAUCGGCGCUCUGUACGCGCAGUAUGGCAGCCCCCACCAGCACUUCUCCUUCAACUACCCUGGAAAGGAUCAGAGCCAGGCUGCCCAGCCGAGCCGCCAGCAGGAUUUCCAGAGGUUCAAGCAGAGCAAGCUGCCGCAGCAGGUUGAAGCAUCUGUCCCGAACAAACAGCAGGCGUCCGAGGAGGUCUACUACGGCUCUCACUACGCCCAGCCGCCGUCCUUCGUGCAGGCUCAGCCACAGUACGCAGGCGUCCAGCAAGCUUACGGCCCGGCCAUCCAUGAGCCUGUCCCCAACCAGCAGCCGAUCCGUGGCUACGCCCCAGGAGUGGCCUUCCAGCACCAACAACUUCAACAGCAGCAGGCGGUGCAGUACCACCCGCACGGCCACCCUGGCAUCGGCGUGCAGCCGCAAGCGCAAGCCCAGCCACAAUUGCAGGUCCAGCCGACGGUCGCGCCGCACGCCGUUUUCCAGCAGUCCGCGUACCAACAGCCCAACGCCAUGAACUUCCAACAGGCCUUCCAGCAGGCCUACCACCAGCAGCAGCAGCAGCAGCAGGAUCAGCCACAAUUGGUGGCUGGACGACCUCCAAAUGGAAAGGUGAACCUGCAAGCCGUGCUGCAGAGCCAGGUGUUGCCGCAAAUCAAGGGCGCCCAGGGCAUCCAGCUGCUCGACCUGAGCGAGUUCUUCCCACCCAAAGAAGGCCAACAGCCUGUCUACUUCCACAUCAACCCCUCUGAGGACUACAAGACGGCCAGCUUGACCCCGGUCCAGCUGAAUUCGUUCUACCAAGCAGUCAACCAGCAGCAGCAGCAGCAACAACAACAACAACAACAGCAACAGCCUGGCGCGCUCGCCAAGCCCUCUUCGGCCAUCCCGGCCGCAGCAGUAAGGGAACCCACCCUGAGCCCUGCCGAGGUUGCUGCUUAUCUUCAACAGCAGUCAGCCUACGCAGGACAGACUUUCGCGCAUCAAACCAGCAGCCACCAUCAAAGCCAGCCGUCCAGCAGGCCGUCCAGCUACACGUUCUCCCAACUUUCCUCGACCCCUUUCAAGCAGCAACACGCUGACCUGAGCGCUUACUACUCCCAACAGGGCCGUCCUGAAGAAACAGGUGCUGUUUAUAAUGGUCAGCCCAUUCCGUUCACCGAACAGGACGUCCCUAGACAACAUCAGGUCUAUUAUGCUGCCCAGCCAACCGAUGCGUCGGCAGAAGAAGUGCAGCCAGCAAAAGCGCCGUCGAAUGAGGCGCAGUAUUUCAAAGCCAGCGUGGCCAAGGCCGUGAAGAAGGUGCAAAAGGCAUCGCAACUGGCGCACUUCUCUCAAUCAGCCGCCCCCAGUCCCAUCCAGAGCUCACCUGCCAACUCACAAUCAGGAUUAAAGCCCUCGAAGAUCAGGCAGCUCGUGAAAAAGCCUCAUACGCAAGGGCCUGGAUAUUCGUUUGAAAUCGCAGGCGCGAAUAAAAAAUGAUUUAAUUAAUUAUUCAGACAAACGUCGAUGGGAGGAGACUAACAAAAAUAAGGAAAAUACAACAAAGUACUGUAUAGAGUUGCUCAGAGCGCGAUAGGGGAAAAUUUUAACAUUCAUUGCUUGCCAAACGACGUGCAGAGAGAGUGAGUGAGGGAACAGUUAACGCGCCACAAAAAACAAUCGACGAUCACGAACCAGUUUCACGCUGCUUUCGCUGCAAGCGGAGAAGAGCUACUUUUUACGGAUUAUUUUUGUCUUAAAAAAUUAUUGUAAUGUUAAGGCUGUAUCGUAAAUAUAUUCCAGGAUUUUUUUUAAUGAAAUAAUGAGCUUUAAAACGCAUUCUGGGGCCAAAAAAACACACAUAAUCACUAACAUCCCACAUCUCAUCCUAACAAAUAAUAAUUAAAUAUCUAGUUGUUAAGAAGUUAUUUAUUGAAAUUGUGUCACACGAGCCCGUUGUAAACUGAAUAAAGAUGCAGGAAAAUGAAA